AUGCUCCUUACCACGCAACAAAGCGGAGGAAAGAACGGGCCAGAUGACGCGUUCCAAGCUCAAAUGCGAUUUGUUCCAGAGGAAAUUACUGACAGCACGGCCAAGCCAGCUCCUGCAAAGACGCCUGCCCCGAGUCGGGCAGAGUCCAAACCGAAACCGGUUCCCAAGUUUGCCGCCCGGUCCCGAGCCGACUCCGUAAGCCAAGGGCAUGAUCCCAAGGCCAGACUGCGACUGGACUUUGGCAAAAAGUACACUGGUCGUCAUGGCGUCUUCAGGUCUACUGUCUUGCACCGGCUGCAGGUCGUGCUCACUCAACUGGCGUCGUCACAGUUCUCGGCCGCUGGCAUUGGCGAGGACGAACUGAACAGACAAGCGGCUCUCUUCAUGAACGCUUUAGAUCAUGCUUUUCUCCUCGCUGAGCAGAACGUCACGCGGCGAGACAAGAACCCUCUCUUCUGGAACCUCCGUGACGCGUUCAUCAUGAAGGACGUCAAGGGCCUUACCAAAGAGAUUCAGUACUCGUUUCAGUCCUUUGUCGUGCGACAACGCUUCUCCAAGGAGCUGGAGGACAGUCAGAAGCGGCUGCUGGACCUUCGCUUCCCACACGAGUGGUUCCCCGCUACGCGGACCAUGCAGCGGACGAUUCACGUCCACGUCGGCCCCACAAACUCUGGAAAGACCUACAAUGCCCUCAAGGCCCUGGAGAACUCCAAAUGCGGUGUCUACGCUGGCCCCUUGCGACUCUUGGCCACCGAGGUGUAUCAACGACUGAAAGCGAAAGGCCGCCCCUGCGCUCUCAUUACAGGCGAGGAAGUGCGCAUCCCGGAGGAUACAGAUCAAUACUUCUCCAGCUGCACAGUAGAGAUGGUGCCUCUCAAUACGCGGUUCGACGUCGCCGUCAUCGACGAGAUCCAGAUGAUUGCCGAUCCUGAGCGAGGCAACGCCUGGACGACGGCGCUGCUGGGCGUUCAGGCCAAGGAGGUUCACCUCUGUGGCGAGGACCGCGCCGUCACGCUCAUUCAGGCGCUGUGUGCCAGUAUCGGUGACAAGUGCGUUGUCCACCGCUACGACCGCCUGAGUCCGCUUAAGACCAUGGAUUCGUCCAUCGAGGGCGACUACAACAAACUGCAAAAGGGCGAUGCUAUUGUCGCGUUCAGCCGGCUGUCUCUGCACGUCCUAAAGCGCAACAUUGAGACACGCACUGGCAGACGGUGUGCCAUCAUCUACGGGUCGUUGCCGCCUGAGGUUCGCGUCCAACAGGCCGCGCUGUUCAACGACCCCGACAAUGACUACGAUUUCGUCGUCGCCAGCGAUGCCAUUGGCAUGGGACUAAAUCUGGAGAUUCGUCGCGUCAUCCUAGAAUCAGUCACCAAAUUUGACGGUAACCAAAACCGUCUCCUCACUUAUCCUGAGAUUAAACAGAUUGGUGGCAGAGCUGGCCGGUAUCGCACAGCGCAGUCUGCCGCGAAGGAGAGCUCAGGAGCAGCCAAGGAUGCCGAGGAGGAAAAGGUUGGCUACGUGACUACCAUGGAUCACGCUGAUCUUCGAAACGUCCACCGCGCGUUUCAGAAGAAGGUGGACGACAUCGAGGCGGCGUGCAUACAGCCUCCCGCAGGCAUCGUCGAGCGAUUUGCAUCCUACUUUCCGCCAGACACACCCCUCUCAUUCAUCCUGAUGCGGAUUAAAGCCGCCGCAACGGUCGGGACUCGGUACCGGCUCAACAUUGGCAACGACAUUCUCGAAAUCGCCGACAUCAUCCAGGACCUACCCCUGACCAUCUACGACCGCCUCACGUUCUGCUACCUGCCUGUGGCGCUCCGCGCCGAAGGCGCCGUGGACGUCCUGCGAGCCCUCGCGCGCGUCGUCGCCGAGAACUCCAACGGCGACCUCCUCUCCAUCAAGGAGAUCCCGCUCGAGUUCCUCGACAUCGACCUGGCCGACUACCAGGGCGGCGCCCAGGAGUACCUCUACAAGCUCGAGUCGCUGCACGUGGCCAUCAACCAGUACGUGUGGCUGUCGUACCGCUACGCGGGCAUGUUUCGCAGCCAGGCGCUCGCGUUCCACGUCCGCUCCCUCGUCGAGGAGAAGCUCAUCGGCACGCUCGACCGGCUCGACUUCACCGAGGAGCAGCUCGAGAGCAAGCGCAAGACGAAGCGUCGCCAGGCGCAGUCGCGCAAGCUCAGCAUGGAGCAGAUGGGCGAGGGGGAGGGCGUGGCUGCCGGCCUCGAGCAGGAGCGCGAUGAUCCUCCCGUCACAGACUGGCCGCUGGACAAGAAGGACGCGCAGCCGCAGGUCGUGGAGCGGGGCGGGUAG